GGGAAGGAUAAGGGGGAGCCUCCGGCCCCUCUGCAGGCUGGGAUGACGGCGCCGGGGACCAAGAGGCAGAUCUUCGAGCCCUCGCUGGGCAUGGAGCGCUGCGACACAAACAUCAUCGGGCUGCAGAUGGGCAGCAACAAGGGUGCCUCACAGCAGGGUAUGACGGUGUACGGGCUGCCGAGGCAGGUCUACGAUCCCAAGUACUGCGAUGCGCCCGGCUUGCUGGGCGAGGACGGCCUCAAUCACAGCUUCUACAACUCCCAAUAACCCCCAUUGAGUCUACUUUAAACCCCCUCCCCACGGUCGCUUGCACUUCCCCGUGCUGGGGAUGCACCGCACCGGCCUCACCGCGCGCCCGGGGCUGCUGGGAAGGGGCCAGUAGGGGGGCCCCGGAGCAGGAAACCUUGAGCUGGGGGGUCCUGGCCUGGCCCCACUGCUGCCCCACAUAUGUGAAGCCACCGAGGCACAAUAAAAGCCACACGCAAACCCA